AUGGCAGUUUACAGUGACCAAGGGGUGCCAGCUUCGUUUAGUGUUCCUACUGGAGCAGUAAUACCUUUUGGUUGUAUGGAAUUUGCAUUAGAAAGAAGCAAGUCUAUAGAAAGCUUCAGGUCAUUGGUAGAACAGAUUGAAACAGCCAAACUUGAAGGUGGAGAACUUGAUAGACUCUGCAAUGAACUCCAGGAAUUGAUAACUUCCCUGCGGCCUGCAAAAGACAUUGUUGAGAGCUUAGGGAAAAUAUUUCCAGGUGAUGCGCGUUUAAUUGUCCGCUCAAGUGCAAAUGUUGAGGACUUAGCUGGAAUGUCAGCUGCUGGACUCUACGAAUCUAUUCCUAAUGUCAGCCCUUCAAAUUCUACCAUUUUUGGGCAUGCUGUUAGCCGAGUAUGGGCUUCACUAUACACCCGAAGAGCUGUUUUAAGCCGUAGAGCUGCUGGGGUGCCUCAAAAGGAGGCUGCCAUGGCUGUGCUUGUGCAAGAAAUGCUUUCACCUGAUUCAUCUUUUGUGCUCCACACACUCAGCCCAUCUGACAAUGAUCAGAAAUCUGUUGAGGCUGAGAUUGCCCCUGGGCUUGGCGAAACUCUAGCUUCAGGCACCCGGGGCACACCUUGGCGUCUAUCUUCUGGCAAAUUUGAUGGGCAGGUGCGCACAUUGGCAUUUGCGAAUUUCAGUGAAGAGUUGGUUGUGCGUGGUACUGGUCCAGCUGAUGGUGAAGUUAUCCAUUUGACAGUAGAUUAUAGCAAAAAGCCCUUAACAGUUGACCCUGUAUUCCGGCAGCAACUUGGUCAGCGUCUUGGUGCUGUUGGAUUCUUUCUAGAGCGUAAGUUUGGCUGCCCACAGGAUAUUGAAGGAUGUGUGGUUGGGAAAGAUAUCUACAUUGUGCAGACGCGCCCCCAACCUCUGUAG